AUGACUCAUGUAGAGAAACGCCAACCCAGGCCAGAAAAGGAGGCAAUACAUUCUGGCCACUUUAUGGUGUCGCAUUUUGAAGCUGAAGAUCAAGAUGAUUAUGACGAUUUAGCAGUACCCAUUCCUGAAGAAGAGCAAAAUGUUCAUAAGGAAACUACAGUAGCAACCUACACGGUCCCUGUACCGAUUGAAACAUUCCAUCUUACAGAUAAAGAAGAAAGUAAACAACAUCAACAACUUUCUAUUGAAAUAUCGCUUACCAAACUAUUCAAAUGUAUGACAUUGGCUUACAGACAGAAACUAACGUCACCCAAAUGGAAUCGUUUCAAAGGUAUAAAGCUUCGGUGGAAGGACAAAAUCAGAUUGAAUAAUGUUAUAUGGAGGUGUUGGCACAUGCAAUUUAUAAAGAAACAAAAUACCUUGGUGUGCCAGUUUGCUUCUCCUCUGGAUGUUGAUACGCACGUGAAACCAGAAACUACAAUUCUCGAAGGAAAGUAUUGGAAAAGAAGAGCAGAAGCGGUUAUAGCAGAAUAUAAAAAAUGGCGCAUGUUUCAUAUUAUGCGACUCCUUGGCAAGGGGGACACCUCUGUCCAGGACACGAUGUUUCAACUAUCCGGUUUUCAGAUGUCGGAUAUGGAUACGGUGGAGUCCCAGUGCAGCGACCUCGCAGGCAACAUGCUCACAGACGAGGACUAUCUUAACUUCAUGAGCGACACACUAUUCUCCACUAUUACCAAUCACCAACCUUUCGCUUUCCCCGAUAGCAGGGAAAUUGCUAGGGGCGCAAGCUUAGCUGACUUCAUUCAACCAAGCUUAGGUCCCUUGCAGCCUAAUCUUGAUGAUUUUAUGGACACAUUGGAGCCACUUCACGAUCUUCUGACGUCUACCUCGCGUUUGCCUCCCGUGCCCGAAGAAACGACGAUUCCCGCUGAAGAUCCAAUGUCGUACCGAAGUGGGAUGUCCGUCGAUUCAUACUCUUCACAAAACUACAUUACUGGGAGUCAUAGCGCGCCCACUGCCACGAUGCCUACCAGUCAAAUGACCAUUCACGGUACCAACAAUAAUACUCAGAUAAUGCCCAUGUCGGAACAGACUAAAAAUGAGCCCAUGAGAAUGUACAGCAAUGAAAGGAUGUAUCCGGAAACAGAAAUUCAGAACAACCUCCUGAACAAUCCACAAAUAAUGCCCACAUAUCCGCAACCGUCGUUCGAGCAGCAAUCGGCCUCUCAGACCGAUCAACAAAUUCAUAGUAACGUGUAUACGAAGACGCCACGUUUGCAGUACGUGAACGCACCGCAUAAAAUCAUUCCACAGCAGGAGUCUUAUCCGAAGUAUAGUGCGCCUCUCCCACCAUCACAGACCGCACCCGAGACGGUGUCGCUACUUCAGCAACCAGUGCAAAACGUGAAGUACGCUUCCACUGUGGUAAUUCAAGGGCGGAGCGGGUACAAUAGAGAGAAGCCGCGAAAUCGUAUUGGGCAUUAUUCGAGCCCGAUAACGAACACCCAGUAUCAGAACUACUCGCAGCCCGUGCAAUGUCAGGCUCACGUGCCGCAGAACUUCGAUGCUCGGCCAGUGCGACAGAAUUCGCCCCAGAUGCAGUACUUGCAGCUCAAUGCGACGGAUUACAAGGUCAAGCCUGCGCCGGCGGUGCCCAAUACGCGCUCGUUCAAACUGCCCUCGCCUCCCUUGGCGCCCACGACCACACAACAGUUGCAGGUUACGCCCGGGACGAGUUCUGUUAGUUCGGCAAGUAUUCGCAGUAAGGACCAAUUCCGGUCGCACAGCUUGCCCCUGGGAUCCCAGUUGAACGCAGACUGGGUUGUGAGUGGACCCUCCACAGCGCAUGAUGCGCCUGUCCCUCAUAACGCUAGGGCUCGUGAGCAGAACCCGAAUUCGAGCGCGAUUCGCUUCCGUUCGCGCUCGACAUCGAGCAGUACCGUGGUGGAUGGUUCGGCGAGCAGCUCGUCGAGCGUCCCGCGCCGUCCACCGCCGCUGACGAGCGUCGCUUCGGAGCCUACGCUACCUCAAGCCAGCGUCAUGUUAGCGCAGCUGCUUUCAGCACAACACUCUCAAAGCCUCUACAAACUCAAUAGCAGCGCGGAGGAGGGUCUCAAUUCCGAUCCGAUGAAGUCUCCGGUAUUGAGAGGGCAGCCGUCUCCUAUUGGCAGUGACAUCAUGUCACCCCAUCAUUCGCGAGCGCAGUCGCUCUCACCGGGAGGGUCUCCGGGUUCACCCCGCGACGGUUCGCCGCGUGAGCCGCGUCGCACCCACUUGCAUGCGGAGCAGAAGCGCCGGUACAACAUUAAGAAUGGCUUCGACACUCUCCAAGCCUUAAUACCGCAUCUUAACUCCAAUUCUGCUGCUAAGAUAAGUAAAGCUGCCAUGCUGCAAAAGGGAGCCGAGUACAUAAAACAGCUGAAGGCUGAAAGGAACCAAAUUAAGGAAGAAAUGGAAAGCUUAAGGCAGCAAAUUGAAUGUUUAAAUAAUUCCAUAUCUAACUGCCACUCGCUGUUGCCGGCAACAGGCGCCCCAGUGUCCCGGGGUCGCGCAAGUCGUCUCCGCGAGAUGUUCGCCGCGCAUGUUGCCUCAAGAACGAUGCACAAUUGGAAGUAUUGGCUGUUUAGCGUUGUAAGCGCGGCGUUAGUUGAGUCUUUCAGCGCAUGCGUCUCGUGCAGCAGCCGCGCAGAUCUUGUACGUACCACGCUGCUCUGGGCCGAGCAGCAUUGUUCCCUCGUCGAAAUGCGGCCAGCGGUGUUGAAUUCAUUGCGCGUGUUAUGCACCACUACGGACAUCCUGUCGAGCCCCGAACGGUUGGCGGAAGAGGCACGGGCUGCAGCUGCAGCCGUCAAGACGGAGCCGACCUAA